CCACAACGCCGAGCCCGACGGUGACCGCGCAAGCAGUCCACAUUCGAGUUUUGAACGGUACAUCAACACAGCAGAACGCGUGGUAGUACAGCAUCAAGACGCAAAUCCUCUCACCCUCACGACCCUUGCCGCAGCAUCCCUUUCACUCUUCUCUGCGCAACCAUGUUGAACCGUGCCUGCACGCCAGAGACGUCAGAGUAUUCGCUCCCAGCAUGGAAGCGUGUGCCGACAACAGCAGAUGUCCUCUUUGGUCUCGCGCUUCCUUACCGACCACCAAAAUCGUCACUCGGCGCGUACAUCUGGCGGAAGCGGCUGUGGUUCGAGUCGACCUUCGCGCUGACGAUGCUUCAGCCUUGGGAGAAGGUGUUACUUAUGACUCUCUUCAACUCGUUCCUCGUGCUCUUCAUGACCGGCUUCUGCCUCUAUUUCCCCUACCACCUCACGUUCGUCGCCGGGCGUGCGAAGUACUAUCUUCUUGGGCAGGAAAACCCUGAAGUAGGUGUCGCAGCGUCGAUACAGCGACUCGUUAUGAGCUGGCGGUGGAACGACACGAGCACGCGGAUCGCGAACUGGGUUGAGUUGUAGACAGUUCUCCUCUGUGUCGUCUUUCCCUUACACUAUACACGCUGUAAUGGUUCUCCUUCGCUGAUACCCCGUAGAUACCCCGUUGGAUUUUGUUCGCACACUACAAAACUUGGGCAGUGUGUAUACUCGGUUCGCAUGCGUAGUGAAGCACGCCCAUCCUGCCAACCGUCACGCGUAACCAAGGCUCAGGCGCUUAAGUUACCUUAGGAUCCGCACAUCUCAGCUAGCUGGAAAAAGGUGGAAAACGAUAGACGUUGUUUAGCCCUCGUCUUCUGGGUCCGUGCUCGGUUUUACAACGAUGUCGUGUUGUAGUAAAUAGCCAGUUCUGCCGGCGUUCAACG